UCAUGCUGCUGCCAGGUCCAGAGAGUGUCUCAUGGGUCCCUGUACGGCCUCCCAUUGCUGCUGUCUCCAUCGCCACACUCUGCCAUGUGCCACUUUCAGGUCUCCUCACACUGCUGGUGGGUUCCAUUUUGUCAUAGGGUGCUGGCAGAUUACGGGCCUCCCAUUGCUGCUGCCAGGCCCGUAAUCUGCCAUGGGCCCCCGUACCGCCUCCUCAUGCUGCUGCCAGGUCCAGAGUGUCUCAUGGGUCCCUGUACGGCCUCCCAUUGCUGCUGUCUCCAUCGCCACACUCUG